GCUUCCCAAGGGCCCAUUACUUGUCUCCUCAGUAAUACCCAAGAAUGAUGUGAUUUUCAUCCUUCUCCAUUUGUGCGCUCUCUCUCUUUCUCCCUGUCUCUCUCUCUCUCUCUCGCCUCUUCUCUCUCUCCUUCCAUUUUUUUCGCCAUCAAAUUCCCCCAAAGGAAUCAAACUUUCGUGUAAUUAAUCAUGUCGUCGACCGAAAUCCAGAGAAACAUAGCCGAGGGAUCAUCUCGAUCGGCCAUUGACCAGCCGACGCUGCCGUCGCCGGCCCCGCUGAGCCGCUACGAGUCCCAGAAGCGGCGCGACUGGAACACCUUCGGGCAGUACCUGCGGAACCAGAAACCGCCGGUCGCGCUCUCGCAGUGCAACUGCAACCACGUGCUGGAGUUCCUCCGCUACCUCGACCAGUUCGGGAAGACCAAGGUCCACCUGCAUGGGUGCGUCUUCUUCGGGCAGCGCGACCCACCCGCCCCUUGUACGUGCCCACUGAGGCAGGCGUGGGGCAGCCUCGACGCGCUGAUCGGGCGGCUGCGGGCAGCCUACGAGGAGAACGGCGGGGCCCCGGAGAACAACCCGUUCGGGAACGGGGCUAUCCGAGUGUACCUGAGGGAAGUCAAGGAGUGUCAGGCCAAGGCCAGAGGGAUUCCAUACAAGAAGAAGAAGAAAAGGAAGAAUCCGAUCAAGAUGAGUGAUGAAGCCAAGCAAUCAAAGCUUUCUUAGUGACAACAGCUCGGCUUUCACUGCUUCAUGGAAGUCUCUUCUUUGAUGGUGCAUCUCAUUAGGCUGCUAUGAUGAUCCAUCAGAUUCCUUGCUGAAGUUAUGGAGAUGCAGAUAUACACAAGGCCUGUCUUAUCAACUAUAUCAACAAUUAUACUAGCAUAAAGUUCAAUGCAUAGCCAUUUAUUCUAAAGGAUUAAGUUGUUGGAGUACAACAUGAAACAUAGGUGAAAGGGGUACAAAGAAUUGAACUCGAUAUCUCUAGCUGUAAAACCAACUUACAGUUGUUUACCCCAAAAUCUUUAAUCUAUAGAUUCCAAAAUAUAAAUAUUUAUAGCAUUACUUCAUGGUUUUUCAGUUGAUUUUACCCUUUCGUCCAUCUACUUAUUAAGUUCAAGACCAAAUCAUAUUGAUGAGUUGCAUUAUAGU